UUAGACUUGUAGCUUGCACCCAAUACCCAGCGGCCCAUUAGGGUUUAUGGUUUUAUUAUAUCGGAUUGCUCUUUUUCAUAUCGCCCUUCUGCUUCCGCCUCUUCGUCGUGUAAGUGCAUCCCUGCGUUUUUAAUUUAAAGGUGGUAAGUGACAAUGGUUGAGAAGGGCAAGGGUAGGAAGGAGGAGGUCGUUACCCGUGAGUACACUAUCAACCUGCACAAACGCUUGCAUGGCUGUACAUUUAAGAAGAAAGCUCCUAAAGCAAUUAAGGAGAUAAGGAAGUUUGCCCAGAAAGCCAUGGGGACCAAUGACGUGAGAGUGGAUGUAAAGUUGAACAAGAAUGUCUGGAGCCAGGGGAUCCGAAGUGUCCCAAGGAGGAUUAGGGUUCGCAUUGCUCGCAAGAGGAAUGAUGAUGAGGAUGCAAAAGAAGAGCUAUACUCUCUUGUUACUGUUGUUGAAAUCCCUAAGGAAGAGCUCAAAGGUUUGGGCACCAAGGUUAUUGAUGAUGAAGAUUGAUGUGUUGGAUAUAUUUGUUGGUUAUAAUUAACCCAGUUUUUACAUUUAUCUUUUAUUUUGUUGAGACAUUGGGGAUACGUAGUUUGAUAAUAUCAAUUACCUUUCCCUGUUGUUUGCCUUAGAAAAUUAAACGGCGUCAAUGGAUUUGAGUUUAGAUCCUCUUUCCUUUGUGUUUUGUUUGCCUGGGGAUAAUGACAAAAAUGAAAAGUUUUUGCGAAGAACCGGAUAUAACAAAAACUUUAAAACCGCAUUUUAUUAGGAUACGGACCAUUUGCCCCUUGUUAUAAGACUAAGAUGUGGAUAGUUAACGAGUUUUAUUAUUUUUGCUUUUAACACUUGUGGAUUGGGAGCAUGUUAAAUCUAAGUGCCAGAGUUAAACUAUUGAUGACCAUGAUUUUAUGUUCAGUUUCAUUAGCAUUUCUUGCAAGAACAUAUGCAGCAACCCUUCGAGUAACAUUUAGCAUUCCGGCAGUGUUUUGAUGGCUGCUAAGACUGAAGCAAUCUCGUUCUCACCUGUGGAUGCAAACCCAAGUUCCCUUUAUCUCAAAUUGGAGAGCUGCCUCUGGGUUGAUACGUUUUCUGAAGAUAUGUUCGAUUUGUUUCGGUUGUUAGAAAGAGUUCGAGGGAUAAAAGAUAACAUGGUAAAGAAAGGAGAAGAGUUAAUUAAAAAAAAAUUAAACAAGAUUUAUUAACUAUUUUUAAAAAAAUUAACUUUCAAAUGAAGUCUUUUUGAAGGGAUCUUAUAACAUAAAUCACUAAAAAUUGUCUCUGAAUCACUGUGAAAAUUCAUGCUGAUAAUUAGUUUAAUUUUUAUUUAUUCUUGAAGCCAUCAUUCUCACUUUCAAUGUAUUUACUUGACCACUUCUAAUAGGAGGCCUCUUUCAAAAUUCCUUAAAUAUGAAUGAAAUAUUGGUCUUCAUUAAAACAUGUGGCUAAUAGUUUAAACGUCUUUUUAUAAGAAUUAAAUACUAAUAAUAUUUAUAGCCAAAACAUGAUGAACAAUAAUUCAUUAACAUAGUAAAGGAGGCUUAUUGUGUUAUGCAAAAGUUUCGAUCUUUACUUCAUACUUCCUUGUCAAUUAAUAAUAAUGUUACGCAUAGUUAAUAGUAAAUAUUAUGUGGUGUUACAUGUUAACUUUAUUAAUAAAUUAAAAUGCUAUGAUAAUUUUCAUUCAAAAAUCAAUAAGCAAUAUUAAUUUGUAUUGAAAUCAUAAUGUUAGCUUGUAAGACUUUUAAUUUAUAUUUUAGGAUUUGGAUCCCUUUUAGUUUGCGCGAGAGCAGGGUUUCGAAGUAGAAAGUGGUUUGGAUAGAUCUUAUUUGCUUAAACAAGAGAUAAAUCACUUGACGCAAAAAUGGGAAGGUGAUCUUCAUAGUCAUGGCUGGAAGAGGAGGUGAGAGAGACACAAGGUGCAAAGAGAUUUAGAAAGCGUUUGAGCAAUUUCUUGGAAGAGGAUGAACAUGACACAAUCUUUGUUUUGGCAGUCAUUGUGGUGGUUGUGGACAAUAUGGUUUGGUAGAGUUUUUUGAGGCUAGGAACGUCUUUUUAGUAGUUGGAAGAUGAUAGAAACUUGAGAUUUU